UCCGGGUGCCACACCUCAAGGCUCAAGCACAGGCCGACACGCUCGAUUUCGUCCGUUGUGAAUUGUGAUUGUGAUUCCUUGGACAGUUAGACCAUGGAUCCGCGACGCGCCUGCUGGGAGAGCUCGUCGGAGGACGUCACGAGGGCGCUGCUGCCGGUGCACGACGACAGGCCGACGAGGGCCCGGUGCUGCUCGGGGCUCGGGGCGGUGCUCGCCGGCAGGUACCUGGCCGUCGCGUCGGGGCCGGCGGCGUGCGCGCUGAUCUGCGGGCUGGUGGACCUUGGCGGGCACCCCGCGGCGCGCAACAUGCUCGGCGUCCUGGCGUGGGUGUUCCUGUGGUGGAUCACGGACGCCGUGCCGCUCGCCGUCGCGUCCAUGGCGCCGCUGUUCCUCUUCCCGGCGUUCGGCAUCUCCUCCUCCGACGCCGUCGCCAAGGCCUACAUGGACGACGUCAUCUCCCUCGUCCUCGGCAGCUUCAUCCUCGCGCUCGCCAUCGAGCACUACAGCAUCCACCGCCGCCUCGCCCUCAACAUCACGGCGCUGUUCUGCGGGGACCCGGUGAAGCCGCACCUGCUGCUGCUGGGCAUCUGCGGCACGACCAUGUUCAUCAGCAUGUGGAUCCACAACACGCCGUGCACGGUGAUGAUGAUGCCGGUGACGACGGGGAUCCUGCAGCGGCUCCCGCGCGGCGAGCUGGAGGGCGGCUCGGAUGCCCGCGAGGCCCAGCGGUUCUCCAAGGCGGUGGUGCUCGGCGUCGUGUACGCGUCGGCGAUCGGCGGGAUGGCCACGCUGACGGGCACGGGUGUGAACAUCAUCCUGGUGGGGAUGUGGUCGAGCUACUUCCCCGAGCAGCGCCCAAUCACCUUCAGCUCGUGGAUGUCCUUCGGGCUCCCCAUGUCACUGGUCCUGUUCGUGGCGCUCUGGGCCACGCUCUGCCUCAUGUACUGCUCCAAGAACACCGGGAGGGCGCUCUCCGCUUACCUCGACAGGAGCCACCUCCGAAGGGAGCUCAGCUUGCUGGGUCCGAUGGCAUUUGCAGAGAAGAUGGUUUUGGCCGUGUUUGGGGGUCUCAUUGUUCUAUGGAUUACCAGGAGUCUGACAAACGACAUCCCUGGGUGGGCAGUCCUAUUCGACGGCAAAGUUGGGGAUGGAACGGUCACUAUCAUGAUGGCGACGCUGCUGUUCAUCAUCCCGAGCGGCAAGAACGACGGCGAGAAGCUCAUGGACUGGGGCAAGUGCCGGAAGCUGCAGUGGCACAUCAUCCUGCUCCUCGGCGCGGGCUUCGCCAUCGCCGACGGGUUCAAGGCGAGCGGCCUCACGGACAUCCUCUCGUCUGGGCUGGGCUUCCUGAAGGGCGCGCCGGCGCUGGCUGUCGCGCCUGCGGUCUGCCUCUUCAGCGGCCUCAUCACCGAGUUCACCUCCGACGACGCCACCACCACGCUGGUGCUGCCGCUGCUGGCCGAGCUGGGCAAGUCCAUCGGCGUGCACCCGCUGCUGCUCAUGGUCCCCGGCGCGAUCGGCGCGCAGUUGUCAUUCCUGCUGCCCACCGGGUCGCCCGGGAACGUCGUCGGCUUCGGCACCGGGUACAUCACCAUCAAGGACAUGGUGCUCACCGGAAUGCCGCUGAAAGUCGUCGGCGUCGCGUCUCUGACGAUCCUUCUGCCGACACUGGGUUCUCUGGUUUUUGGCAUGGCUUAGAAGUUUUGGAACAUUCAGUUUUCAGAACCAGGUCCUAGUAGCCUUCCCAAGCUGUACAGUGCAUCAGUUGCGGCAUGCGUUGCCCCAUGAAGACGGGCUCGUUACGUUGUUCAUUAUCCAUGAGUUAGGAUAGAUCUUUAUCUUUUCAAAUUGAAAAGAGUUAGGAUAGAUAUUUGUAGUGAAUGAAUAGAUAUGCAUUAAUGCACCUAUGGGAUUUGUAUCAUAUAGCAUCUUUUUGUGAUUUUCAAUUAAAUGGAAUUUUCCUGAACCUUGGUCUUGGAAGAUUGCAUUUUGUCUCUUCGUCACCUGUUAUCGCAGCAGCAGCAGCAGCUUUUGGUCCUUCAUCGGCCUUGAUCUCGCGUCUCUGCCCGCAGCCUUGGGUGUGGACCAGCUCUAGAUGAAAAACCCUUUCCAGGAAAGCAAUUCCAGAGUCAAUAUGGUUCUAAUGCAAAGAUCAUUCGGCAGGAAGAUGAAACAAAUCUGAUGAUCUUCAGAAGAUGUAGUGAAGAUCUUUCCCUCUGGGGAAAUAGGUGCUCAUCCUCAGCAGAUAGGAUGAAGCUUGUAGCUUGGAGUAACUUUAGUCCUGUGUAAAUUAGUUGUAAACCUUCCCUCGAUCCCACUUGUUCUCGUAAGCCUCUUGUGCUCCUUCUAAUUUAUACUCUGUAAAUUUGUCACCAUAAUGCAAUAAAGUUUAGGCAACCCUA